AUGGCAGCGAUGGACGAGCUGGAGACGCUGUUGCAGUCGCUCCAAGCCUUGAAAGCACCUGGCGUAACACCCACCAAGGUCAAGGCCAUCACCGCGAUCUGCGUAGAGAAUAUUCAGUCCGACUCGACCAUCAUCCAAAAGAUCCUCCAGCAGCUCCAGAACAGCGCCGCGACACAUAAACUCGGUGUACUAUACGUGGUAGACUCGGUUACUCGCCAAUGGGUAGAGAAGGCCAAGGCGGCCGGGCAAACAGUGUCCCGCAAUGCAGCUCCUGGAACAUAUGCCGCAGGAGUGCAGAAGAUGACGGACGUGCUACCAGCCGUGAUGAACGAUCUCGUUCAACAUGCACCUGACGCUCAAAAGGACAAGAUUAUAAAGCUUCUUGACAUUUGGCAGCGCGGACAUACGUUCCCUCUAGACAUGCUCGCGACCUUCAAGCAGCAGGUGAAUGGCACACCGCAGACCCCCAGGAGCCCACCCAAGGCCAAAAAAUUUGUGUCAGCUCCCCGACCUCAGACUAACACGCAGCACACGGCUGCUACUGUGCCCUCGCCAACGAUUGCGCAGAACUCCCAAGAUCCUGGUGCCAUGCUCGCAGCUCUCUCCGCGUUUGGACAGCAGAACGGUCAGACUAACGCAGCACCUGUUGGUCUUCCUUUCCUUCAGAACAUGGUGCCGCCACCUCCUCCCCCAGGGUUUGUUCCUCCACCACCACCCGCAAGUGUGCAGCCUGCUAUGCCACCCCCUCCGCCAGCUGGUAUGAACGAUCUGGCCAACCAGAUUUUGCAAGCCUUGAGUGCAGGUUCAAUUGCGCCAGAUCAGGCCAUUCAGGUACUAAAUGCUUUGGCGGCAGCACAAAACGGAGGGGCAUCUUUGCCAUCCGCACAACCUCCAGUGGCACCGCAAGCGAAUACACUGGCGCAAUCAGCCGCGCAGAACGGUGUUGCUCAACAGCGCUUCGAGCAAAACGAUACCAAGAUGAGAGAUCGUAGCAGAUCGCCUGAUUAUCAGCGUCGCGCAACUCCUAGCCGUAAAUCACCACCAAACCGUCGGGAGAGCCCCGUGUACGGUGCUUAUGAUCCCAACGCAGCCAUUGAUGGCAAUGCGGGCCGCUCUGAUCGCAAUGAUCGCGGUCGUGGUCGCGGUAAGGCUCGAGGCGGUCGCAAUGAUCGUAGUGAAUACCGCCAGCGUACACCGCCGGCGCAGCGGCGACAGCCCAGCCCACCUAGAAACGUAAAUGGCCAGUCACGUUCUAUCGAAUGGGACCAAAGUCUGCCUCGAGAUCACAUCAGGGUACUUAGUCGCACACUGUUUGUAGGCGGCGCGGGUGGCACAGAGGAUGAGAUUCGGACUAUCUUCAGCCGCUUUGGUAGGGUUCAGACUUGCAUUGUGAACCAAGAUAAGCGACACGCCUUUGUCAAGAUGUUGACUCGACCUGAUGCUGUUGCUGCUAAGGAGGGCAUGGACAACCUGCAAGAUCCUGUAGCGCAGUCAAAAGCUCGGCAGACGCGAUGGGGAGUUGGUUUCGGUCCGCGCGACUGCAGCGACUACAGCAGCGGCAUCAGCGUGAUUCCGAUUUCACGACUGACUGAUGCCGAUCGCAAGUGGGCUUUGACAGCAGAGCACGGCGGCACAGGCGGACGGCCGCUCGAAGGUGGCAUGGUCCUCGAAGAACCUGACAUCGAGAUUGGUGCAGGUGUCUCAUCUAAGGCGAUCAGCAGACGCGUACCGACAGAUGGUGGACGGGGCGGUCGCGGUGGGUUUGGCAAUCGGGGCGGUCUCGACAGUGGCGCAAAGUUCCGCAAGCAGGAGCAACAGCAACAACACCAACACCAACACCAACAACAACAUCGUCCCGCCCAUGAUCCGCGCCACGUGUCGCCACGAGCUGAACAGGGUGUAGCAGUCCCACCGGCAGUUCCGGGGUUCGGCUUCCAGCUACCUGGCUUCCAGGCUCGGUGA